AUGGGUCUUACAGAUCGCCCCAUUGACCCCGUCCAGUACCACUCGGUCAGUGAGGUGACCGAGGGGAACUACAAGGGGUGCAACACGACCAACGUGCUACAAUCGAUUAGCAAUGGGAACACAACAUUUGCCUUGACCAGCCCAGGCGAGCGGUAUUUCAUCUGUGGCAAUAGGCUACAUUGCCUCGGCGGGAUGAAGCUCCACGUCCAUGUUGUCGAGAACCAGACCGUGCCCGGGCCCGCUGGAGCACCCUCAGCGCAGCCAGGUGGAUCCCUACCGCCCGGGUCCUCCAAGAGCGACGAACCUUCGAAUUCAGUUUCAUUUGUUAGCCCUGCUAGCCUAGAAGCUCUUCUCCUUUCAUCUUUUGCCUCCUACAUUAUAUUUUUCUGA